AUGAUUCAGAACUAUAUGUACGACGAGUCCAGAGACGACCUCUUCCUCAUGAGUCCGCAUCCAAACGCAUCACACAAUCACUGGUGGAACCAAAGCGAACCCAUUUGGAUAUCAGCUGAGAAACUGGGAAUCAAGACAGCCAUGUAUUUGUGGGACGGGUGCCAAGUGAGGAUUGCGGGCAUAAAGCCCUUCAUUUGUCACAAAUACAAAGCUCUGUAUAAUUCAGACGAUGCUAACAAUGAAACGCGAGUUUAUAUUAAAAAUAUUUUGGAUGACUUUUCUAAUGAUAAAUAUAGACUCGCUUUACUCUAUUAUGAGUUAGUGGAUCAUACAGGGCACGCAUACGGUCCCCGGUCGGGCAAAACCAAGAAAGCCAUUCGAGACAUCGAUCACAUCAUUGAAGACUUGUAUAUUUGGAUCGAGGCCUACAAACUGGAGCACAAAUUGAAUGUAGUGAUCGUCUCAGACCACGGAAUGAUCUCAAAAGCAAACUCCAAA